CCUUCUGUGAAUCAUGUCGUCGCCUGUGAAGGAAGUGCACGUGCUGGAGAACGUGUGGAUCCCCGUGGACGCUGAAACGCGCUUGUCGGCGCGGAUCUGGCUGCCUAAAUCGUCUACUACAAAGUUUUCUGUUGUUCUCGAGUACAUUCCGUACCGGAAAUCAGACUGGACGUCCACGCGAGACGCGAGCAACCACGUGUGGCUGGCGCAACGGGGUUUUGCUGUCGCUCGAGUGGAUAUCCGAGGUUCUGGCAAUAGUGAAGGCCACUAUUACGGUGAAUACACUCCUCAAGAACUUCAAGAUGGAGUGAUGGUCAUCGAGUGGCUUGCCAGUCAGAGUUGGUGUUCUGGUAGUGUGGGUGUCUUUGGUAAGAGCUGGGGAGGUUUCAAUGGGUUGCAAUUGGCGGCUAUGGCCCCACCUGCUCUACGUGGGGUAGUUUCACUCUACUCCAUUGACGACCGCUAUGCGGACGACGUGCACUACAUGGGCGGUGCAGUUUUGGGAUCUGAAGCCUUGAGUUGGGCCACAGUUAUGUUCAGCUUAAACGCACUACCGAUGGCCCCGGAAACGGUAGGGUCAGAGGUAGAAUGGAAACGACGCUACAAAGAGAGACUGGAGAGGCAGUUCCCGUGGCUACACGAGUGGCUGGCGCACCAGACUCGAGACGACUUCUGGGAACACGGCUCCAUUUGUGAAGCCUACGACAAGGUGAAGUGUCCGGUAUUGGAGAUCGGAGGCUGGAAUGAUGGUUAUUUCAACGGUGUGGCGCGGAUGAUCAAAGGGAUGAAGAGUUCGCCGAGUAAAGGCGUGGUUGGACCGUGGAGUCACAACUGGCCGAAUCACGCCACACCCGGACCGCAGGUUGGAUUUCUAGAAAUGUGUCGACAGUGGUGGGACUACUCGUUGAAUGGUAGAACGGACGAACCAGCCACGAGGUUUCCGGAUCUGCAGUUGUUUGUCAAAGACGAGAUCGAAAACACGACGGCGAGGAUUCUGGAGUAUCCGGGCAAGUGGUGUGGAGUGGGUGAUGUUGAGAAGUUAGAGCAGAAAUUUGUGACGUUCUACUGCUCUAGUGAUGAUGGCUACAAGCUGCAGACUACGACUGAACCGCCUAGUGCACGUGAACGUGUGAUCGGGUUGAAUAGUUUGCAAGGUGCGUGGAGUGGUGAGUGGCUGUCGUUUGGCGGCGAGGACAUGCCUGGUAACCAGGUGAAUGAGGAUGCACUUGCUACCACUUGGUCUACCGGUCUACUAAAUGAGGACAUUGAGAUCGUUGGACGUCCUCAAAUAAGUCUAUUCGUCAAGUCGAACAAGCCUCAGGUCCUCAUCAUGGCGCGUUUGAGUGACGUUGCACCCUCGGGGAAAUCGACGUUGAUCACGCGUGGGGUGCUCAACUUGAGUCACCGUCACGGUCACAAGUUGGAAGAGUUGAGUUACAUGCCUAUUGGUGAGGGCACUCGAGUUAAUUGGCAGCUCAAUGCGUGCGCAUACACUCUGCGUGCAGGCCACACUCUCGUGUUGUCACUCACCCCCAAUUACUGGCCGAUGGUGUGGCCGUCGCCUGAACCAGCGGAAUUGACAGUCUCAUUUGCAGAAUCGAAUCUGCUCAAGCUUCCUGUGUUGCCUGAAGGUCCUGCUCCUACUGAUAACGCUGCUACCUGCCCUGUGAAAGAUUAUCCUCUGGAUGCUGGAACUCCAUCUCGUACUAUCUCGCUGAGAGAAGCACCACCACUGGAGCGCAAUUUGACAUUGCUGCUGUCCGAAACAGACUCGUCGCAGCCCAUUCAACGCCUCGUAGUUCAAGAAGAUCAAGGCAAAGACCUGCUCGUUGAUGAAGGGAUUGUCAUGGAGGAAACAGCGACCAAAACGUAUACGAUCGACCCUCAGUGUCUCCACCCGCGAGUCAGUAUUCAACGUACUCUUACGUAUGAGAAACUGCCUUCAAGUCAGCACAGUGAGCUGCUUGUCAGGUUUGCUGACCAGGUGACUGCUGCUACGCAUGUCGACAACCUGAAGGUGGAGCGGGUCGACUAUGCGGAACACCCGGUACUGCCGUGGAAAGUCCGGGUCGAGACGGACAGCUCCAUGGCUUCGAAUGCUACGACGUUCUUCCUCAAAGACCACAUGAUCGUCCGUCUCAACGACGAAGUUUUCUUCGAAAAGAAGUGGGAGAAGGAGAUCCCGCGCCAGUUUGUUUAGUUUGCUGGCAAAACACGACCCAGGACUAGAAAAAUGAGCUGCUUAUGGUGUCAACAACCUAAAAUUCUCAACUAAAAAAAAUGUUGUGACAACUGAUCGCACC